CGACCGACCACUUCAAAACCCGAAAAGCCCUGAAAUAUUUUAAUAUAAUAAGCUAAAACAAAUAACCCAUUCAAAGCAAAUAGCUUCUCUCCAAAGAUAUACUUCUUUAAAUACACACACUCACACUCAUACAGAGACAUCUAGCUUUCACUUUAACUUCUUGAAAUCUAGGCCUCUAUCAAAACCAGAGAAGAUCAAGAAUUAUAAGAAGAAGAACACAUGGCGAGAUCACCAUACUACGGCUCAUCGUACUUAGACUACCUCUCUUUCCCAAACCCACAUCUAUGUUUCUUCUUCAUCGUCGUCUUCUUUGUCUUGUCCCUCACAUGGUACUUGAACUACGAGUCCAUCCUCGAAGACACCAUAAGUCAUCUCAAACUCGUCUUCAUGUUCUCCCCUCUCUUCCUCCUCCUUCUACUCCACUUCUUCUCCGGCGGCCUCUCCUUCGACGUCCCCUGGCCGGGUCAGGACUCCAUCCACAGUGCCGGGUCUUCCCCUUGGGGCGUAGCCGCUUUGCUCGUGGUCAUCUUGCUCAUGGUCUGGUACCAGUCAGAUUUCCAGGAGAGGUGGUUCCCCUUUGGGGCUAAAUAGAUUGAUCAACCUAAUUUUCCCUUAAAACUUAUAGCUUCUCUAGCUAGAUAUGUAAUUAAUAGCUAUAUAGUACCCGAAUGUUACGGUGAUACCAGAUAGUAUGUAUUUUCUUAAGAUGAAAAUUUGGUGUGUCA